UGCGCACUCCGCCUGGCCCCUCCGGUUCCUCUGCGCUGUGCCACGUUAGUAGCGGUCCAGACUAAUACCAGCUCCUCUCCCGAGCUGAAACGCCGACGAACGCCCGGAUCCUACGCCCGUCUCCCCAGCGAGCUUCACUUGCAGCGCCCCUUGUCUCAGCUCGACCAUGUUGAAGUUGCUCGUCUUGUUCACACUGGCCGUCGCCAGCCGGGCUGACAUCACCGAGGAAGAAGACGUCCUGGUGCUGAAGAAAACGAACUUCGACGAGGCUCUGGGCGCUCACCCGGACCUCCUUGUUGAAUUCUAUGCUCCAUGGUGCGGACACUGCAAGGCCCUGGCUCCGGAGUAUGCCAAAGCUGCUGGCAUGCUGAAGGCUGAGGGUUCAGCGAUUCGCCUGGGGAAGGUCGAUGCCACCGAGGAGACCGAACUGGCCCAGGAGUACGGCGUCCGUGGCUACCCAACCAUCAAGUUCUUCAAGGGGGGAGAGAAGGAGUCCCCAAAAGAGUACUCUGCUGGCAGGCAGGCUGACGACAUCGUAAACUGGCUGAAGAAGCGCACUGGACCCGCUGUGGCACCGCUAGCUGAUGUCGCCGCUGCUGAGUCGCUGAUCAGUGACAAUGAAGUGGUAGUCAUUGGAUUCUUCAAGGAUGCAGCAUCUGCUGGAGCCAAGGUCUUCGAGAAGGCAGCUGAUGCUAUUGAUGAUAUUCCAUUUGCCAUGACCUCAGAUGAGGCCGUCUUCACCAAUUAUGAAGUGUCGCAAGACAGUGUGGUCCUCUUCAAGAAGUUUGAUGAGGGGCGCAAUACCUUCGAUGGAGAGCUGACUAAAGAGAACCUGCUGUCUUUCAUCAAGGCCAACCAGCUGCCUCUGGUCAUUGAGUUCACCGAGCAGACUGCCCCCAAAAUCUUUGGCGGAGACAUCAAGUCUCACAUCCUCAUGUUCCUGCCCAAAGGUGCUUCAGACUUUGACGACAAAAUGGACAACUUCAAGAAAGCCGCAGAAGGAUUCAAGGGUCAGAUUCUCUUCAUCUUCAUCGACAGCGACGUGGAUGACAACCAGCGCAUUCUGGAGUUCUUCGGCCUGAAGAGGGAGGAGUGUCCCGCUGUCCGCCUCAUCACCCUUGAGGAUGAAAUGACCAAGUACAAGCCUGAGAGUGAUGAGAUCACCAAAGAUAGCAUCACUGAUUUCUGCACCCGCUUUGUUGAAGGCAAACUCAAGCCUCACCUCAUGAGCCAGGACAUCCCCGAAGACUGGGAGAAGAACCCUGUCAAGGUUCUGGUCGGCAAGAACUUCGAGGAGGUCGCCUUCGAUCCGAAAAAGAACGUCUUUGUCGAGUUCUAUGCCCCCUGGUGUGGACACUGCAAGCAGCUGACCCCCAUCUGGGAGAAGCUGGGCGAGAAGUACAAGGACAGUGAGGACAUUGUCGUUGCAAAGAUGGACUCAACAGCCAAUGAGAUCGAGUCGGUGAAAGUGCACAGCUUCCCCACGCUGAAGUUCUUCCCUGCCGGAGACGAGCGGAAGGUCAUCGAUUAUAAUGGUGAGAGAACGCUGGAAGGCUUCACCAAAUUCUUGGAAAGUGGCGGGAAGGAAGGCGGUUCCCCUGCCGCAGAGGAUGACGACGAUCUGGACGGAGAGGAUCUGGAUGAUGUCGAUGAAGGACAGGACGAGGAGUCCGACGGCGAGGAUGACGGACACGACGAGUUGUAAGAGGCGGCGGAGAGGAGACGAGUCCCACCUCACCCCUUCCAACCAGUCACCGUCACCACCUUCACCUCCUUGUGGACCUUCCCCUGUCCUGUGAACAUUAGCACCCCAAAUCCCUCUUUCUGCCUCUUCAGUCGGUCCAUGUGUGCUACGUCAAAGCCAGACCGGGACCAGAGGGGGACUCGGGAACAGCCUCUGAAGGAGACGUCAACAACGCCGUCUUGACAGAGCUCCACAUCGGCCUUGUGUAUUUGAAACCAAAAUUGUACUUUUUUGUCCAGAAGUAGCAUCUCCAUCUGUCAGGUGUCUGAUAAAGAGGGCUGCGAUACCAUCACGUGGGCAGAAGGUUUCCCCGGGCCGUUUUAGAAGCACGGGUCUCCCGGGACCGCAGCCCAUCCCAGAUUUAAAAAAGCAACUUCACUCUCACCACACGCGUUGUGACACGCAGCAAGCCCUGCUCUAUCAAAGGGCAAACGCAGGGGUCUGCUUCCUAUCUCCAGCUUCAUUCCCAGAAUUGUUCUUCUGCACAGCUACUGACCUAUUCUCUACUAGAAACCAAGGUAACACUUUGGAGGGACGUCAAGUUUAUUUAAAUUUUUUUUUCACUGAGUGUUUUUUUAAUUUUUUUUUUUUUUUUUUUAAUUCUGAAUUUAUAACAACGUACCAUUGUGCCCAGCUGUAGGCAGUUGGGGUGCAGAGUUGGCUGUGCCUGGGGUUUUUCUUUGGAGCCAGCUCUGAUGCACUGCAUUCAUGCCUGAUCAGAGAUUCGAUGCGGUUACUAAAGUGGACAGAUUCGGUUGGUGGGAGAGUCGUGCGAUCCACCUGGAGCAGGUGGCACAGCCCCGCCCCUCACCCACUCCGGACCUCCCGCCUGUGUGUGUGUGUGUGUGCGCGCGCGUGUUUGAGUGCGUGUGGUGGUUUACAUUUACUAGCUCUUGUUAAAAGUGUGAAUGGAAGUGUUCUUUCUUUGGGGCAGCGAGCUCAAGUUUGGGUGAGGAGCUGGUUUAACAGCAGGAAGGGAACGUGACAAAGCAUUCCAUCAUAAUCAAAUUGUUAUGGAAAACAUGAAAUGGUGGCCAAUAAAUAAAAAUGUAUAAAAACACUAA